AUGACUUAUAACAGUUUGACUACGGUGUUCUUAUGUGCCGUAGUACUCGGCCUCACCCGAAUCAUUUGGCAGUCCAUAUCUUGGUAUCUACGGUAUCGGCGAUUCCAUAAAAGCCAUGGAUGCCAAAGUCUGCGUACAGCACCUUCAAAAGAUCCUAUUCUGGGGCUAGACCAUUUUUUCCGUCUUGGGAAAGCAGCUCAUAAUAGCCGAUAUCUUGAACAGUUCCAGCAAUGGUUCCAAGAAGUGGGAUCCACCUUUGGCGUGAAUCUGAUGGGCGACUAUGUGGUUUUCACCAAUGAGCCCAAAAACGUCCAAGCAGUUUUAGUGACGAAGUUCAAAGAUUUUGAGAUUGGCCAACGGCGUCGGGAUAACUCUGCUGAGUUACUGGGAAUUGGCGUGUUCAACGCAGAUGGUCAAACUUGGGAACACGGUCGUGCGUUGGUCAGACCGAAUUUCACCCGGAAGCAGGUCGCUGACUUGGGCCUCUUCGAGAAACAUGUUCAGCGUUUGUUUCAGGCCAUGCCAACUGAUGGUACCAAAGUGGAUAUUCAGGAAUGGGUGUUUCGAUUUACUUUGGAUACUGGUACCGAUGUUCUAUUCAGUGAAUCGAGUGAUGUGCUUCUUCCCAGUGCUACUGAUAUAGCCCGAAAGUUCUCCUGGGCAUUUGAUCGUGGAAUAGAUGGGAUCGCACAGCGUAUUCGAUUAGGUCGAUUUGCCCGGUUCUACUACGAUCCGCAGUACACCAAUGCUUGUAAGUUUGUGCACAACUAUGUUGAUGCAAUUGUGGCGAAGGCAGUUGACCGUGCCAAAGAAUGGCACGUCCAAAGAUCGGAGAAGCCUGAGAAAUCAGAGGAUACUGAGGAGGAGAGAUACACCUUUUUGAAUGCUCUUGCCCGAGAAGGGGUGGAGCCUAAGCUGAUUCGCGACCAAAUUUUGAACAUCUUGGUUGCUGCUCGUGAUACAUCUGCGUGCCUCAUGAGCGCCGCAGUUUUUGAACUUGCCCGAAGACCCGAGUAUCAAGCCCAGCUUCGCCAGGAGAUUGAGGGGAUCUUAAACGGUCGUCAUCCCACUUUCGAGGAGUUGAAAGAUCUCAGCUUUCUCAAUAGCUUCGUUAAAGAAACCCUGCGCAUGUAUCCUCCGGUACCACUCAACGCACGUGUGGCCAAAAACGAUACAGUACUCCCUCGCGGUGGUGGCUCGGACGGUAUGGCGCCCACCUUCAUUCCCAAAGGUCAACUUGUAGUAUAUCAAGUUUACUCUAUGCAUCGAAGGGAGGAUUUGUGGGGUGCUGAUGCACACAUAUUCCGCCCCGAGCGUUGGGAAACUAAGAGGCCUACUUUUGAAUAUUUGCCGUUCAACGCGGGACCACGGAUUUGUCCAGGUCAGCAAUUUGCGUUGGUUGAGACGAGCUAUGUUUUAGUUCGCCUGCUGCAGGAGUAUUCAAACAUAGGAGGCCAUGACAAUGAUGCACCAUGGAGGGAGCAUUUGACCCUCACUUGCUCUGUUGGCCAAGGUGUAUGGGUGAGUCUAACAAAAUGA